GGCGGUCAGAAGGUUCUGGCAGCCGCGGAGGGGUCGGAGGUGUUGGCGGCAGCAGCGGGGGGAGCAGCGGUGCUGCGCGGCCACAGCGUCUCGCCAUGACCCGUGGGAACCAGCGUGAACUUGCCCGCCAGAAGAACCUGAAGAAGACUCAGGAAAACCACAAAGGGAAAAGGAAAGAGGAUAGCUUGACUGCCUCUCAGAGAAAACAGAGGGAUUCUGAAAUUAUGCAGCAAAAACAAAAAGCGGCUAAUGAAAGGAAGUCUCUGCAGACAGGAGCAAAAUGAGCUCCCUAUAUGGAGAAGAGUGCACCAAUGAAGCAAGAGGGCCUACAUUCAGAAAAGUGUUCAGCCAUUAACUGAUAAAGUCUGUCUUGCAGAGUUGUUCAACUAUCAUUAAUUUAGGGUAUUUUCUGAUUAGCAUAGGUGUAGUUGUCUGGAGUGCUGUUGCAAACCUAACUACACUUUUCUGCAUGCACAUGAAUAAAUGUACCACGCAAUAGCUUUACUGUAGCUUUUGCUGUAUUUGUUGUUUCACUUAAUGGUUCCAUUAACAAUUACUUUCCAAGUUUACAGUUGGACCAGAGUGUUGUACAGCUUCAAUGAGAAUGGCACACUCUUGCAAAAUGUGCUUUACCCUACACAGGUCUGAACUGUAAAUCUCAAAUGAUUUUUACAAUAAAAUGUUGCAUGAGAUACUGUCUAAUCUGACAUGGUUAUGUUUGAUCAGUUGAUUACUAAGAAGCUACUGAGAACACAGUAUACGGAAUUGUUGAGAAAAGCAACAGAAGUAUGUCAGUGUCACAAUGUAAAUAUAAGUAAAGUGUGUAUGUAGUGCAUAUUGCUAGCCAUAUAAUAUGCAGAGGGAAGUCCACCUAUAGAAAAAGAUGCCUGUUGAGCUUUAGACUUCACUGGUAUACACUGGUGACUGGAUCUACUACCAGUGCUCAUCCUGGAGAAGCUGCAGUUAACAAGUUGCAGAUGUAAGCUGAUUGUAAAACUGCUGUGUCACUAAAAUGUUUCGAAAUGGCUGCUUAAACUGUCCUCAAGAAUAAAAUUCGGUGUUGCUAUAGCA